AUGGGUCCCUCGAAGAGAUCACUGAAUAGGCCAAAGAAGCGCACUUUGGUCCGCUGGGAUGAAAACCUGAACGAGCUUCUCCUGCUAACCGUGCAAUCGGUCUGCAAUAUUCAGUCGGUAAAGAUCCCAUGGGCCGAGGUCGCUAAGACCAUGGGACACAACGUGACGGAAGGAGCCAUUGUCCAGCACUUGGCGAAGCUGCGCGCUCGCCGAGCGGCGAUAGGCAAGGACGUCCCUCCGCCACUUCGACGUGGUGGUAUCGGUGCCGCGAUCAAGCCAUCGCCAUCCAAGACGAGUACCGCGCCCAAGCGCAAGUCUCGCAAUAGCCGAUCGAUGGACAGCGAUGACGAGUCGCCCUUCCCUAUCGAAUACGAUGACUCCUCGGACGAGGACUACACCGAGUCACGUCGCACCAAGAGAAAUCCUAAAAAGGCAAAGCGCGCGUCUAGUCCCAUCAAACAAGAGUUCGAUUCCGAGAAAGACAAUCGAGAGGAAGGAAGCGCAAGCUCCGACGAGCUGUUGGUCCCGGGUGCCGCCUUCCUUGACUACCCAAACGACGUGUCUGAAGACUCUUCAGCAGAGUCUAACUCCAGCCCGGCCAGGAAGUCUAAGAUCGUGAUCCUCAAGUACAGGCGCCACAACACAUUUGAUCAGGAGCUGGCCGCUCAAGGCGAAGUAGUUCCCGCCCCUGUCCUGACUGAAGCUGACGUCCCGGAUCCCGAAAGUAUCGACAACGUUAAGAGCGAGCAAGCUUUGGGAUAUGACUUCAACGCCAACAUGCUGCUUGCAAAUUUUGAGCCGAAUCACUCUGAUCCUUUGGUGUAUCAGAAUUUUGAGACCAUGCCCGAGGCUUCAUAUAUAACUCAUGACAGCGUCAUGUACGGAAAUCCCCUGGAGAAUCACAGCGAGCUCCCCAUUGGAAUGAUGGGACAUCCGGAGUUCAUCCAGAGCGAAGAUUUCCAAUUUCUUAAUUAUCAAGACUUGCUGGGCGCUGAGGCAAACCUAGACUUCGCUUGA